UAAAAAUAAUGCAGGGAUAAUUUAGGUGUUUCAGCCUCGAAAAUACGCUAUCAUCGUUCGUGCCCUUCUGAGUCCUCAAUUUCAGUUUAAGUGAGCCAUUUUGUCGUCCCUACCGGUCUCUGACUCUGAUGAAAAUGAAAUUUCUAGAUUGGUACUUAAAGAUUGCGGUUGGCGCUGCUUUGGUUGGAGGUUCCAUGGAGUUGUGCAUGAUCAAAACCGGCUUCUAUGAUAAAGUAACUGUUUUGGAGUCUGAGAAGAGGGCUUGGGAAGCUUCACAGGAAGCUCAGGCAAUCAGAGAUGCACUAAAUCCUUGGAGAAAACAUGAUGCUGAAAGAAAAAGUUCAUAAUAUUGAUGGAGAGUGCUUUUUAUGAGGGAGAAAAUCUGUUUCUACAGAGGAUCAUCUUCAUAGACAGUGCUUCGUCAUCUUUUGAAGCUGCUAAACUAAUUAUUUGUUCAGAAAAAUGGACAUUCUUUGGUGAACGAGUGAGAUUUCACCUUAAAUUUUUAGAAUAUUGCAAUAUGUUGUAUUUUUUGUCAUUCUUGAGGAUAUGAUGAGUAGAAUAUAUCCAUGGACCUUUAUUAUUAGCUACUUUUUCUGUAGCUUCAGAACAUGUUCUCAUUUGAAGUCAAUUUGGAGUAAUUUUGAUAAUAAAUAUUUAAACUUGCUGAUA